GUGUAUGAUUGUUACAAUGAAUGGAUGGCCAAUGAAGUUCAUCAAUUAACACCAGCUGGACAUAUUCAAAAAACAUCAUAUGCAACUGUUGCACAAUGGGUCAAAGAAUCAUGGGAUAAUGUUGAUUCUAACUUAAUUAGGAAAGCAUUCAAAUGUUGUGGCAUUUUGGUAAACAUGGAUGGAACAGAAGAUGAAUUAGUUUUUGAUUAUGAGGGUUUAGUAAAAGAAAAUAGUGAAAAGUUUUGGUUAUGA